CAGCUGAUGGCGCCUUCCAUAAUCCCGGAAGCUGAGGCUGCGUGUUACCCUAAAACGUGUUUUUUCUCCCUCUUCCUUUUCCUGGGUCCUGGUUUUCGUGCAGAAUUUGAACGCGCGCCUGACCACCGCUAGCCAAAGCCUCCUUUCAGAGCCUAGUGGAGGAGGAGGAGGAUCAUCCAUCUCCCGCGGGAGUAGUAAGGAUCCCCGCCCGUUCGGCCCAAGAAGAUGGCCUUGGUUCCUUAUGAUGAGACAGCUCUUUGGGGGAUGCAGAAGUUACAUAAAUCUUCAUCUACAUAUUGUUUUGCCAACCACACAAUCCAGAUCACACAGAAUUGGAAGCAGCUGGGUGUAGCAGCUGUAGUGUGGGAUGCGGCUGUUGUCUUGUGCAGUUUCUUGGAGAUGGGAGGUAUUGAUCUACAAGGACGCUUGGUGAUUGAGUUAGGAGCUGGAACAGGUUUACUUGGAAUAGUUGCUGCAUUACUUGGUGCUCAUGUUACAAUCACAGACAGAAAAGCAGCCUUGGAAUUACUUGAGUUGAAUGUCCAAGCUAAUUUACCUGCUGAUCUCCAGCCUAGAGCAACCGUCAAGGAACUGACUUGGGGACAAGGUUUAGCAAGCUUCUCUGCAGGAGGAUAUGACUUUAUUUUGGGUGCAGACAUAGUUUAUUUGGAAGAAACGUUUGCAGAUCUUCUUCUAACGCUGGAUCAUCUCUGCUCUGACCAUACUGUGAUCCUGUUAUCAUGCCGCCUCCGCUACGAGAGGGACCAGAACUUCCUGAAGAUGCUGAAAGAACAUUUUUCUGUGCAUGAGGUGCACUAUGAUCCUAGUAAUGAUGUGCAUAUAUUCAAAGCACAGAGGAAUGACUUGAAGGAAGACUUGUGACUUACUUGUUUGGCAAACUCUUUUCUCUCCCCCACAAUAUGUACUUGGACCAAAGAACAUAAUUGAAGCCUACUGAUUUGUAUCAUUCUGACCAAAUUAUAAAUCACCCAAUUAAUUAUGAAUUGCCCAUUGUAGGCAAGAAUGGGGCUAAAACUGCAGCUGAGGAAGCCUGUUCACCCCAUUGUGUUUUCCACACUGUGUCUGCGGUUGUUACAUGUUAGCCUGAUCAUUUGAUGCUUUGAUCACCUUUAUGAGGUUUUCCACAAAAAAGCCCAGUUCAUCAAAUGAAGAAGUAUAGUUGAAAACAGGAUGAAAAUUUGUGUGUGAUAUUACCAAAGGUUAGGGUAACUGGGUAAAUAGGUUAACUGGGCAUUGGAGUUGGUCCUUUGCUUCUAUUUCAGCUGGCAAUCUUCAGAUAAGCACUGAUCUAAUUUUCUCAGCACUCUACAGGUGAUGACCAAAGGAUACUUUCUAGUGCAAGUGGAAGGGACUACUGGGGGUAAGCUCCUUAGAAAGAGAUUCCUUAGGUUUGGGGAGACUAAUGGCAAGAAGUAAUUUAGAAAGUUUUCUUGGAUGAGAAACAAGGGAGAUGGAAUAGUUGAUUCUAUUUUAAUGUUUUUUAGGAAUUUUUCCCCCUUUGUGUAAUUCAAUUGAGUCUUCAGUAUAAAAAACUUCUUAGUAAUUUGCCCAGUCCUUGGAAGUAGGGUGGGCUGAAAAUAAACAACAAACUUUUAAUUAAGUGUAUGUGUCCCAAACUAUUUUUAGGUACUUACAUGAGUAUCUCUUCAUGCACAUGUGGAUACCUGUGAACCUUGGAUAUUAAUAAUGAGAAUACAUGGAAUUUUUUGCUAAAAGAGCUGAGUCUAUGAAAAGAAAUCCCAGACACCUAUUGAGAAAUAUAUUGUGAAAAGGAGGGAAAUCGACAUAAAACUACUCAGUUUGUCUUGCAUACUGUGUUUGGAGCCUUCUGAAAAUUUUGCUUCAGUUUCUUUUGUCAGGAUCAUUAUAGAGGCAGGCAAAUUGGGACUGGGGCCUAUGGUGAGUGAACUACUGCCUGUUUUACACAUGACAUGGCAUCAAAUUUGAAUUUCCCACUAAGUGUAUACUGGUUGGGGAACUGUGGCCAAUCCAAUCCAAGCUCUUUGGCAUGUGCACCUGUAUAAUGCACAUAUUUGCAAGCAUGUGUUAAUCGGAUAUUAAUAUAUUUAUUAUCUUAUUUUAUUUAUCAAAUUUGUACACCGCCCCAAACUUUCGUCUCUGGGCAUUAACAAUAGCAUCAAACAAGUUAAAAACAUAUACAAAAAACUUAAAACAAUUUAACAAUUUAAAAAUAAACCAGAGAUUAAAACCUAAAAAAAUUAGGAAGCUGAGAAAGCUUGGGAGAAAAGAUGAGUUUUCAGGUGUUUUUUGAAAAUUGACAGAGAUGGGGAGGAUCGUAUCUCAGCAGGGAGUGCAUUCCACAAUCUCAGGGCAGCGACCAAGAAGGCCCAUCUCUGUGUAGCCACCAAACAAGUUGGUGGUAACUGGAGACGGACCUCUUCAGAUUUAAGUGUACAGUGACAGUUUUAUAGGUAUACACUGAAGCAGUGCCUCUUUCCCUGGGAUUGUCAUCUUCUUUGAAGGCACUCUUGGAAUGCUUUUGGGUAGUUGGUACAUCCUCUGUAUCUGGUUCACCUAAAGUAUCUUAAGCAAAAUGUUACUGCUUGCAUGUUAUGUGGCAAGGGCCAGAUUCUGCCGGGAACAGUUCUUUUUACUAAUGUAUUCUAACUAUGCAACUUGAUCAGUACUGGCCAGGGCCAGCAGAUCAGGAAGCAAAUUGAAAUAUGGAUAGAAAGACUGCAGAGAGUGCACUCAAAGCAUUCCCAUCUUGGAAAGAGAUGGUCUGGUUACAGUUAUCCAAGAUUAUUUUAGUGCAUUGUACAUGGGGCUUUGAAAAGCAUUUGAAAACUUAAACAGAUUGCUAGCUGGAACUGAGCAUUGUGAACAGAUGACACAGUGCUAGAAGUUCUUCACUAGCUCCCAGUCUGUUUUCAGCAAAAGUGCUGGUUUUAACUUUUGAGUCCCAAGAUAGCCUCAACCUUGGGUACGUAAGAAACUGCUUUCUUUGUGAACCUACCUGCCUGCCAAUCUCUGUUGGAGGUUGUCUUCUCCUGAGGUCAAAGGGUGUAUGUUGUCUAGGGAGUGGGGAGUUUUCUGUGGAGGCUCCCAAAUUAUGGAACUCUUCCUAAACAUGACACCAAGUGUGUGAUCUUGUAGGUUCCAAGUAAAUGCUUUCCUUUUGUGCCUUGAAUGACACUUGUGGUUCUUUUUAAUGACUUCACCUUGUGUUUUACUAUUAUUUUGACAGUCUAUUUCUAUAGAUUUUUUAAUAUUUGUUUUAUUACUUGUAAGUCACCUUGACACUGUUCACAGUGAAAGGCAGAAUAGAAAUCCAAUAAAGAUGAGAACUGUCAUCUUUGA